AUGGAUUCGCAAGGUCAGGAAAAAACGAAUAAAGCCGAGAUUGAAAUUGAGAAUGUCAUGGAUCCUGAGAUUGAUACUCCAAAGAAGGAUUUAUACCCGACAUUCCUGAAAAACCAACUUGACUUAAGCGCAGGAGAUAUUACGGUCACCCUAGUUAUUGCUAACAUUGGAGCGAUUCUAGGUG